AUGCCCGCUGCCACAAUGACAGCUGCUCGUAUUUUCGAAGAGCCUGAUUCGGGUGUCGUUACCGACAAGCCGAAAAAGGUGAAAAAGUCAAAGAAGUCCAAGUCGGCAAAAGACGAGGAAAUGCCAGAACUCGUAGAAGAGAUCGCGGGCGACGACGAAUCUGAAAGACUGCCAAAGCAGAAAAAGACAAAGAAACGGAAACUCAACGACGAAGCAGAGGCUAGUCCCCAAAAGUCUAGCAAAAAGAAGAAGGCCAAAGUGGAGCCUAAAGAAGAGCCUAAAGACGAAGACAGCUCCUCGACAGACGGCGACGCUCCACCAGAGAUGGAGUUCAAAGAAGAGUGGGAUAUGCUCUCUCCUGAGACUCAAAAGAAGCUCAAAGAACGAGGAGUGAUCCAACUCUUUCCUGUCCAGGCAAGAACGUUCAAAACGGUGCGAGACGGAGAAGAUGUGAUUGUACAAUCUCGAACUGGCUCUGGAAAAACCCUGGCCUUUGCCAUCCCCACAGUAGAGCGUCUCCAAGAGGAAAAGCUAACGAGCCGUGGACGUUCUCCUCGAGCGCUGAUCCUCGCUCCUACUCGAGAACUUGCUAGUCAGAUUUGCCGUGAUGUGGAAUCCAUCUCGACCGGACUCACUGCAUGCGCAAUUUACGGUGGCGUGCCGUACGCCAAGCAAGAAAACAUUCUCUUCAAAGGAUGCGACGUUGUUGUCGGCACUCCUGGACGAGUCAAAGAUCUUCUUGAAAAAGGCUCACUGAAGAUGGAUCUCAUGAAGAUCGUCGCUCUCGAUGAAGUCGACAGAAUGCUUGAUAUGGCCCCAGACAUUAUUUUUCUCUGCUACAUGCCCCGACUGGGUCAAAAAUACCGCGGCGAAAUAUAUGAAAAAGUCCCUCCAAUCAUCAACUUGGUUGAGUCGAACGCGAACAGAACUUCAAAAACCGUCAGGCAUUUGGCCAUUCAGACCCAUUACACGGAAUGGAGCGAUGUAAUCGGAGAUCUUGUCACCGCUUUCUGUGGAAGAAGUGGCCGAGCAAUGAUUUUCGCGUCAACGAAAAGAGAUACAUCUGAUCUUGCUCUUUCCGACAAUAUCUCUGAUGCUCAAAUGAUUCAUGGGGACAUCGAACAAGCCACUCGGGAACAAACGCUUCAAGCAUUCCGAGACGGUAAAAUGCGGGUUCUCGUUUGCACUGAUGUUGCUGCUCGUGGUCUCGACAUUCCCGAAGUCGAUUUGGUUAUUCAGACAGAGCCCCCCAGUGAUAUUGACUCUUACAUUCAUCGGUCUGGUCGAACUGGCCGAGCUGGACGAAGCGGCGUGUGCAUAUGUCUGUACAAGCCGAAACAGCUGUAUCAGUUGAAACAGGUUGAGAAGGAAGCCGGCUUCAAGUUUGAGCUUCGAGGACCUGUAUCUGCCGUCGAGCUUGAAGAAGCUGCCGCAAAGGAUGUGAAACGACAGAUCGCUAAAUUGCCGGAAAAGAGCUCCGCUCGAUUCUUGGAAAUCGCACGAGAAAUGAUUGCAGAGGCGGAGGAAGAGGAAGAAUCAAGCACAGAAAAGCUGCUGGCCGCAGCCAUUGCUAUUAUGUCAGGUGUAACUGACUCAACAAGCCGGUCCAUCAUUACUGGAAAGAAAGGCUUUCAGACGUGGCAGAUGAACGUUUCAUUCGAGAUGAACAAUCAAUACCUUAUCUUCAAACUGUUGGAGAAGGGAAUCGGUGAACAGGCUCGUAUCGACGCGCGCAACGUCAGAGUGUUCAAAGAUAGAAUGGGAGCCGCUUUUGAUCUCCCAACGAAAAUGACGAACGAAGUCUCAGAAAAGUGGAAUGAUUCGGAUAAGUUCCAGUUGAAGCGUGUCGAAAAGGCAUCGGACUUACCAGAGCUUGAAGCUAAGAAAGAGAUAAUGAGCGAGGGCUAUGACUACGACAAUGACUACAGCGACAGCGAAAUCAAGCACAAGAAGAAAAAGAAAAAGUAA